CACGAGCAGAAUGUGUUUACAAAUGAUGCAAACAAACUGUUGUCUAAAUUAAAUUGUCGAUUUUCACCAAUAGAUUUGUCUUUUAUUUGUAACAUAAAAAGUACUUAUGUGUUUUGAUAAAAGAUGGAAAAAAUAUACAAACCAAAGACUAAUAAACUUAUAAACGUAAAACAGGCGCUCGAUGAUUUUCGUCAAGAAAUCUUUCCGACUGCUUGGAGUGGCAUUCCGGCUACAGAAGAUGAUACUCGAAUGGCCAUUAAUUUUCAUGGAACGGAGAAGCAGUUUAAAGACAUUUUACAUGCCGUCGAUUUAGAACAGCACUUGUCUAGUGACAAGGAUCCUAGAAAAAUUCCGUUUCAUCCAACUAAAAUACAAAACGUCCAGAAACCGAUAGAUGUGUCUGAUAAAGCAUAUCGUUUUAACUGCGUUCAAAAUGCUUUGAAGAUAACUGGAAAAGUGAGAAAAAAUCUGGAUUCAAAAAUUCGAUACAAUAAACACAAGUAUACGAUACCUGGCAAUCAGGAACUAUCCGACUUAGAACCUUUUUCUGAAAUGGUGUUGGAGGUGAGAUUCUAUGAACCAUUCAAAUACAAACCAGGAGUACGAUUGGGUCACCCCAAAUUUCACCAAGAAUUUUACGUCCUCGGGUCGCAAUUUCUCAGUGAACUGCGUGACAAAAUAUAUUGUCAAUGUGACAUGGGCCCGUUCUUUGACAUCAGCGAAAACCCACAAGUGGACAUACAAGAAAAAGACGAUCUACGUUCAAAUUCGGGUUUCUUUUUUAUACAUGAUACUUUCUACAACGAUUUCAGGAAUCCCAUGAAUCUAGAUUAUUCAGAGGCUAUUAGAAAUUGGGCUGAUAGACAAAAACACGUUGGUGAACUGAAAAAAGGUUCAAUGCAGGAAACUAAAUUUGAACAUCUUGUUUUCCGUCUUGGAUAUCCGCAGGUGUAUCAACAUCAUGGAAAUUGCGAACAUAUAUUUGUAAUUUCUGAUUGUCGCCUACUUGCACCUUCCGAUAUAUUAGAGCGAAGGCGAUAUCCAGUUCUGAAUUCCUAUGCCUUCCCUCGAUCUAUUCCAUGCAAUAUAUGCGGCCACUGCGAGGCGAAUUAUAUAGUGAAAAACAGCGAUCAGCACAUUUUCGACCCCGCCUAUGUCUGUCAGGUGUGCUUCCAGUCAUAUCAUUACAAAAACAGUAUUAAAAUUGGACAGUUUGAAGCCUUUCGAUUUUUGGGUACUAAAAUUGCUGUAAAGGAAGACGACGAAAUAGAUGGACGUAUAUAAAAUAAAACAUGUUCACAGAG